CACGGCAACCCGUAUUAAAUUACCUGGAAGGCAGGUGGUGGACUUUAGCCAGAGGUGGAGGGACAAGUGAGUCAGCAGCACAGGACGGACUCCUUCCUGGAAAGAAACGAAGCAACGUCAGACAUGGCUAAAUUCUUCACACCGGUUCAAAUCAAUGAGUUCAAAGAGUGCUUCUCCUUGUAUGACAAGAAGCAGAAGGGCAGGAUUCAGGCCAGAGACCUGAUCACGGUCAUGCGCUGCCUCGGGACGAGUCCCACCUUCAGCGAAAUAGAAAGACAUCUACAAGUUCACAAAAUCGAAAAGGCAGGUGAGCUGGACUUCUCUACGUUCCUGACCAUGAUGCACCGACAGAUGCAGCAGGAGGAUCCCAAGACGGAGAUCCUGGAGGCGCUGAGGAUGACGGACAAGCAGAAGAAAGGAUACAUCCUGGCGUCCGAGCUGAGAGCCAAACUCACCCAGCUGGGAGAGAAACUCACAGACACAGAAGUGGAUGAGCUCUUCAGAGAGGCAAAUGUCAAGUCCAACGGGAUCAUCAACUAUGAGGAGUUCACCCAGAUGGUGACGCUGCCGCCGGUCGAUUACUGAACGUUCAAGGAAAGAACACACGGAAAGAGCCUCAACACAACAGCCAGAGGGACUUCAAAUACAAAAAACUGGACAGUUGGAAGAAAAACACUGGAUUAAAUUAGCCUGAAGAUUGAAAAUAUUCUUUGCUAAGUUUUUCCUUACUGUUUAAUUAAUACAAACGCUCUUUCCUGUAACUCUCCACAGCUUUUCUCUAUGACUGAACAUGUUGUGAAGCUCUGCGGUUAUAAAUUAUUCUAUAUUUUAGAGUUUAUUAUGGGAGACAAUUUCAAAACCAAUAAAUCGUCGGUUAAAUCACUUCAAUCUGACCCUCUUUCACCUGAUUAAAUCCUGAAAGCUUCACAUGCUUGUGCUUGCUUCUAAGUGAUAAAUUAAACUUUCAUUUCAUGGUUUAAUUUCCACAUAUUAUUAAACUUCAUAAGCCUGUAUGAUAGAAGCUGCGAAGUUUAAAUUUCCUUUUUAUCUGUCAGUUUGCUCUACAGGAAAUUGUCUAAAAAAAGAAAGGUUUAUUUAGUGACUUCUAAGUUAAAUUUUUCCUCAUAAGAAGAUGGUGUUUGCAAUGUCAAAAAAAAUCCAUAUUUAAUGACUUUUAGUGACUGAAUCACUAAUGGGCUCAAAUAAAUGAUGACCUUUUCCUCCAGAACAUGGAAUUGUUUUAAUAGCGCAUCAAAACAAAGUCUCAAGUGGGACUUUGUGAGGAAAUUGCAUUAGUGACUGCUUUGGAGAACAUAUUUAAUAACUACUAGGACUAAAACACGUCACUGUGACAUCAGUGGUUGACCUGGUGCUUGGAAACCACAUGAUUUUUAAAACAUUUCAAGAAACUAAACUGAUAAAAUGAAAAUAAGAGUUUUCCUGCAGUUAAAGGGCUCAGAAACCUUACACUCAAAUGUCAUAUUAGAAAUAUGAGAAAGUCUUUGUUGCACACUCAUUUUGGCAAUUACUGUCAAAUUCUCCAAAAUAAAAGUUUUUUUUCCAA